AUGAACUCCAAUUCUCACUCAAUGUCAUCAACACCGCCAACACCAACUAGUAACGAUGUUUCUGCUGGCAAGAAGGUUAGAAAACCUUACACCAUUACUAAAUCUAGAGAAAGCUGGUCUGAUGAAGAACACGAUAAGUUCAUAGAAGCUCUUCAACUUUUUGAUAGGGAUUGGAAGAAAAUUGAAGAUUUUGUAGGUUCUAAAACUGUUAUUCAGAUUCGAAGCCAUGCUCAAAAGUACUUCUUGAAAGUUCAGAAAAAUGGAACGCUAGCUCAUGUUCCUCCUCCUCGUCCUAAGCGUAAAGCUAUUCAUCCAUACCCACAAAAGGCUACCAAAAAUGUUUUGGUGCCACUACCAGCAUCCAUUGCUUAUGGAUGUUCCUCAAAUAACCUUUUACCUGCAGGGUAUGUCACAUGGGAUGAAACUUCCAUGUUGAUGAAUACUUGUCAGGAUGAACUCAACAAUCUUCAUGGAAAUGAAGCUGAUAUUAUCGGAUCAAAGGGGAUAAGCAACAGUGGUCUUAGUGGUGUUGAGGACUCGAAUACAAGGCUCCCCGCUUCUCAGAUACCGAUGCAAGGGAAACAAAAUCCUGCGGUUCAUGGUUUGCCGGACUUUGCUGAAGUUUAUGGUUUCAUUGGAAGUGUUUUUGAUCCGGAUACAAACGGCCACGUGCAGAAGCUGAAAGAAAUGGAUCCUAUAAAUUUUGAAACUGUUUUGUUGUUAAUGAGAAACCUCACUGUCAACCUGUCUAGUCCAAAUUUUGAUCCCAUUAAGAAGGCAAUGUCAACCUAUGAUGUGAAUAGUAUCGUUGCGGUAGGAGUUACUGAUGCUAAGAAGCAGACAAAUGAUGAUGUAUCGUGUCAAACUACAUAA